UCCAUUAUCAAAACCAAAAAAAUAGCAGAAUCUCACCAAUUCAACCCCCCCGGCCCCGAUUCUUUCCAAAGUUUAUCCCUUUUUCUUCUCUUCUUCUUUGUCUUCGAACGAAGUUCCUACAAAAUGAACUGAAUUUAUUUAAAGAAAAAAAAACAUUUUUUUUAAAUUAUUCUUUAAGUAUCGUUUAAAGAACCACAUCCCAUUUUUACUCAGUGCUGGGGGGUCUUCAGAAAGGGGAUGAAUUUAAAUUAGUGAAAAUUUUAGGGUUUAAGAUUGUGAUAAUUUUGUGAGUUGUGAGUUGUGAUUAUGCUUAGGUUGUGGAAAUGGUACCAAAAUUGCUUGGCUGUUCACCCUGUUAAGACACAGGUAAUCAGUUCAGGAAUCAUAUGGGGUGUUGGUGACAUUGCUGCACAAGCUGUCACUCAUAGUUAUUCUACACCUAACACUGCCCACACUCAUCAAAUUCAGGAUGACGAUGACGAAGAAUUCAAGAUCAACUGGAAGCGGGUGGCUACAACCAGCUUGUUUGGGUUAAGCUUUGUUGGCCCAGUUGGCCAUUACUGGUAUGAAGGCUUGGAUAGAUAUAUAAGAUUGAGACUCAUGCUCAAACCAGAUUCCUUCCGCUUCGUUGCCUCUAAAGUUGCCAUUGACGGGUUCCUUUUCGGGCCAUUGGAUUUACUCGCAUUUUUCACUUACAUGGGCCUUUCUACCGGAAAGAGUAUUCCUCAAAUCAAAGAAGAUGUGAAGAGAGAUUUUCUUCCCGCCUUUAUCUUAGAAGGAGGGAUAUGGCCCAUUGUUCAGGUCGCAAAUUUUCGGUAUGUACCCGUAAGGUAUCAGCUCCUAUAUGUCAACCUCUUCUGCUUGCUGGAUAGCUGUUUCUUGUCUUGGAUUGAGCAACAACAGGAUGCUCAAUGGAAAAAAUGGGUGAAAUCUUUUCUACCUCUCAAGUAACACAGAGAAGCAUCAAGUCUUAAUUUAGUGCUUCUCAAUUUCUCACUCAUGUCUUCAUUCCCGGCCUUGUCAAUUUGUUAAAUGUUCAUCUCAGAUUGUACUAGUUUAUAAAAGCCUAUUGAUUUACAAGAUAUGAUUUUCAUCUUGAAUACAAAUUGACACUUUGCUCAAUCAAACAUGUGCAAUAUCAAGUUCUAUUGAAUAAAAAUAAUACAAGGAACAAGAGAAGCUAUCAUACACAUGUUACUAGUUAGCAUUCAAUAAUAUUUCGAAGUUCAAACUUCAAAGCAUGUUGAUUUGAUUAUUUUAUUUAAUUUUUUACAGAUUAGAAAAUAAAAUUUUCGUACCUGAUCUUGUGGUGCCAAUCUACAUCAUUCUGCCAAGCCCACUAAAUCAAAUUUUAAAGACAAAACUCCCCAGAUUGAUCUUAAUUUCUGCAUUUGGACGAAUUGAUUACUGGGAGAAAGAUUCAACUUGUGAACUUUGCACACA